GAAGACACAAACUGCUUCGUAAUCGGUAUUUUUAGUCCCAAGACAGUGUUUUGUACUAUUUCAUUAGGUAUUUCAGUCAUGCCAGAUUAUUUGGGAACCGAGCAGAGAAAAAUUAAAGAAGAGGAUAAAGAAGAAAAACCGAUCAGAGCUUUAGAUGAAGGAGAUAUUGCUCUUUUGAAGACAUAUGGCCAGAGCACGUACUCCAGGCAAAUAAAACAAGUGGAAGAUGACAUCCAGCAGUUGCUCAAGAAGAUCAAUGAGCUCACUGGCAUCAAAGAGUCUGACACUGGACUGGCACCCCCCGCUCUUUGGGAUUUGGCUGCGGACAAACAGACUCUGCAAAGUGAACAGCCUCUGCAGGUUGCUAGAUGCACUAAGAUUAUCAAUGCUGACUCUGAAGAUCCAAAGUACAUCAUCAAUGUGAAACAAUUUGCAAAGUUUGUGGUGGACCUGAGUGAUCAGGUGGCCCCCACAGACAUCGAGGAGGGGAUGAGAGUUGGUGUUGACAGGAACAAGUACCAGAUCCACAUUCCUCUUCCUCCUAAAAUUGAUCCUACUGUAACCAUGAUGCAGGUGGAGGAAAAACCUGAUGUGACUUACAGUGAUGUGGGGGGAUGCAAGGAGCAAAUUGAGAAACUCAGGGAGGUGGUUGAAACCCCACUGCUUCAUCCAGAGCGCUUUGUGAGCCUGGGCAUUGAACCUCCAAAGGGAGUCCUGCUGUUUGGCCCCCCUGGCACAGGCAAGACCCUUUGUGCCCGUGCCGUGGCCAACCGUACAGAUGCCUGCUUUAUCCGCGUCAUUGGCUCCGAGCUAGUGCAGAAGUAUGUGGGCGAGGGUGCCAGGAUGGUCCGUGAACUUUUUGAAAUGGCAAGAACAAAGAAGGCUUGCCUCAUUUUCUUUGAUGAAAUCGAUGCCAUCGGAGGGGCCCGCUUUGAUGAUGGUGCUGGGGGAGACAACGAGGUCCAGAGGACUAUGCUGGAGCUCAUCAACCAAUUAGAUGGCUUUGACCCCAGGGGCAAUAUCAAAGUUCUGAUGGCUACAAACCGGCCUGACACGCUGGACCCAGCUUUGAUGAGACCAGGACGACUGGACCGGAAGAUUGAGUUCAGCCUGCCGGAUUUGGAGGGUCGUACUCACAUCUUUAAGAUUCAUGCUCGCUCCAUGAGCGUCGAGCGGGACAUCCGCUUUGAACUGCUGGCUCGACUUUGCCCCAAUAGCACAGGUGCAGAGAUCCGAAGUGUGUGUACAGAAGCUGGAAUGUUUGCCAUUAGAGCCCGCAGGAAAAUAGCAACAGAAAAGGACUUCCUGGAGGCCGUCAACAAGGUCAUCAAGUCCUAUGCCAAGUUUAGCGCAACCCCAAGAUACAUGACCUACAACUGAAGGUGUUUAUCAAG